UGGAGAGUUGAUGCGAGGCUCAGAUCCGCCUUCGGUCUCAAACCUGGCGCAGUUUAGGAGCCGUCGUCUACCGGGACUUCUUUGUUGUUUCUCUUAAACCCGCUUUGGGGGGCCAGCCCGAGAAUCUUAGAUUUGGAUGGUGUUUUUGGGCGGGUUGGUGGUGGUGGGGAGACAUUACGCAGGGAAACAGCAGGUGAGUCGACACCUGAGAGCAGCAGCUCUGCAGACUCCAGAGACCUCACCUCCGCCACCUGUUGACGCGACACCCAGCCUGCACAAACACGCACAGACAGGCAACACGGAGCCAUUUCCUAUGCGUAAAAGUGGCUGAAAGCGCGUCCUUUACGGUGGGAGCGGGGGGAAGUUCGGAUGGGUGACCGGUAACAGGUUACGGAGCCAGGUAUGGGGAACCAGGUGGACAGACUCUCACACCUAAGUUACGCAGAAGUUCCCACCGUGGACCCCAACGGCGCGGACGCGGACGACGGUCCGCGCAUCGGCGUCUCCUACAUCUUCUCCAACGACGACGACGAGCUGGAGGACGGAUGCGCGCUGGACGGCACGGAAAAGGACCCGAACCAGGAAGAGACGCACUACGACCAGCGCGACGAGGUGGAGUGCGCCGUCUUCCACCGGGACGAGUGCGUGUACGAGCGCAGCGCCAAGUGCGCCGGCCCGGAGGAGGUCUACUCCCCGGAGAACCUGCUCAACAAAUGCAAAGCCGGGGACCUGGUGGAGUUCGUGUCCUGCGGCCAGUACCCGCACUGGGCGGUGUACGUGGGGGACUUCCAGGUGGUGCACCUGCACAGAGCCCAGGUGAAGAGCAGCUUCCUCACGGACGCCAGUCGGGGCAGGAGGUGUCGGGUGGUGAAUGACCUGUACAGGUUCAAGGCGCUGCGGGCGGACGUGGUGGUGCAGAGCGCCAUGGAGCAGGUGGGGCUGAAGGACCAGGAGCUGAGCUGGAGGAACUCCGAGUGCUUCGCCGCCUGGUGCAGGUUCGGCAGGAGGGAGUUCAAGAUGGGUGGGGAGAUCCGGAUCGGGAAGCAGCCCUACAGGCUGAAGAUCUGCAUGUCGGACAAGCGCUCGCACAUGCUGGAGUUCCAGAGCUUGGAGGACGUGAUCAUGGAGAAGAGGAGGACGGAUCAGCUGGGCAGGACGGCCAUGCUCCAGGAGCUGGCCACACACCUGAGAGGAGAGGAGGAGAGGAAACAGCAGCCCGGAGCGGACUGACGGCUGCCCCUCCAACCUGCUCAACAUGCGUCUCAAGACUGAUUUAUGGUCUGCGUUAAAUCGACGCAAAAACUUACGCCGUACGUGCGCGUCGCCGCGCUACCCUAUACCGUAGGGUCUGCGUCGGUGUAACGCGGAACCAUAAAUCAGCCUUCAGCCGAACAGAACCUCCGGAAUCUACAACGAGACGAAUGUAUCUUGAGUCAUAACUGAGUCACUGAGGUCUACUGGACUUGGAUCUCAUAUUCUAUAUCCACUUGUGAGUUUUUGACCCAUGUUUUCACAAAUUUAUAAUAUAAUUGCCUUAAAGCCACAAUAAUGAGCAUCCCCACACUGGAAAAACUCAAAAUCUUACUAGGAAUAUUUGUCUUAUUUCUAGUUAAAAUGUCUAAUUUUUAGUAAAAAAAAAAUCUCAUUACACUUAAAACAAGAGUCACUACCAGAAAAAUAACUUAUUUGACAAUUUUCACCUGUUUCAAGUACAUUUUCACUUGAAAUAAGUAGAAAAAUCUGCCAGUGGGACAAGAUUUAUCUUCUCAUUACAAGCAAAAAAACCAUCAAUGGCAGAUUUUUCUACUUAUUUUAAGUGAAAAUCUACUUGAAACAGGUGAAAAUUGUUUUUUCCAUUGAUGAGUCUUGGUUUAGUUUAGUGUAAUGAGAUUCUUUUGACUAAAAAGAUUUUAACUAGAAAUAAGAAAAAUGUUCUUGUUAAGAUUUUGAGUUUUUGCAGUGCAGUAGCUCAAUGGCCUUAGAAAUUCACGUCAAUCAGCUGUGUAAAGUUUUGUAGGAGCUUAAAUGUGUCAUGAUUCUGUAAGUAGACUGAACAUUCCUCUAUUUAUAGUGUGCCUCAUUACUUGAUCCAAAUGGGGGUUCAUUUCAUCUCACAGCACACAGACGGCGAACUGUCAAGCAGGAUCUAGCAGGAUCCCCCUGCCUUUAGGGAUCAUUCUCACACCAGCACACGUGCACAUGUGAACUGCUGAGGAGUCUGUCUGUGUUACACUGGUCAAAGUGUGUAUGAAAUGUUCCAGAAGUUAAAGUAAACCGUAAAUAAUU